CUUCAUUGGAAUGUGAUUGAAUAAAAAGGCACUCUCUCUAUUAUAUGCACCCCUACCAUCCUCAUUCUCCCCCUACAAUACCAACUCCCCCUCAAUCAUGGCACCUCUACCCUCCUCCAAAAGUGAGUUAACCCCCUCUUCCUCUCUCUCUUCCUCCACCACCACCACCACCACCACCACCACCUCUUCCUCCUCAAGUGCAAGUGCCUCCUCCUCCCCUAAAACCCUUGAAUUUAGCCAAAAUUCAAAAAUUUCAACUAGUGCCCCUACGUCUGAGGCUGCGGACUCCGAUGAGCCGUCGAAAAAAUCCCGGCGUACGAAUGCCGAUGGCGGGAAGCACCCUGUGUAUAGAGGUGUACGCAUGCGGAACUGGGGGAGGUGGGUGUCGGAGAUUAGAGAGCCCCGAAAAAAGUCGAGGAUUUGGCUUGGGACCUUUCCAACCCCGGAAAUGGCCGCUCGAGCCCACGAUGUGGCUGCCCUCACCAUUAAGGGCCGCUCCGCAUUCCUCAAUUUCCCGGAGCUUGCCGCCGAACUUCCCCGCCCAGCAUCCGCCUCCCCUAGGGACAUUCAGGCAGCUGCUGCAAAAGCUGCUUCUUCUAGUUUUCCGGUCUCUCCAUCCAAAGCUCUGAAUUCUUCGGGAAUGCUGGCCUCUUCACCGGAAAAUUCGACAGUAGAAAACACCAUCCGAUUUGAGGAAAACUCUACAGGGUCCAUGGAGAAUAUACACAAUGCCGCGUCGAGAGUUGCUCAGAUACUAGAUGAAGAGGAGGCAAUAUUUAUGGGCUUACCCGACAUACCUUCCUCACCGGAUAAUGUCGUAAUAUCCUCGGAGGAUAUCUUCCGACUAUCAGAGAACUUUCCAGGGAUGACCGAUAGCAUGGUUUCGACUCCAGUCUCCGCAGCCAUGCCGCUGCUCGUUGAAGAGGAUAUUUUUGGAGACCUGCCCAACAUCCCUUUAUCUCCUGAGAACUCUUCGCCAGAAAAUGCUUUCCAUUCAUCAGAGAACACUUUCCAGCAGCAAAGUCCAGCUGCAAAUUUCGCAACAGUUUCCCCAUAUUUAGGUCUGUGUGAUGAAGAAUUGGCAUUUCAUGACAUCUCAAGCAAUGUGUUGUUUUCUCCUGGAUGGUUUCUGCCUAGCGUGGAUGCCGGAUUCCGGCAAGAAGGUGCCUUCUUGUGGGAGAACUAAGCAUGGGUAAAUAAUACAGAUAGACUAAGUGAAUUGUUGUAUAAUGAUUUGCCCAUUUUUUUACCAAAUUUGGUAAGUGUUGUAGAAUUCUUGAAAGAAGUGUUAGUCCUAAGUUGACAGAGCAGAAAAAGCAGCUUGAGGUUGACAUAUUCUUUCCUAAAGUGGAAAUUUUGUUAGAACGGAUCUUGGGUUGAGCCUGAACUUCCUGCACUUUCUUCUCUACUCGUGGCAUGAAUUUGCAGGCAAGUCAUUUCUUUAGAACUCUAAUGCUGGACUUCUUUACUAUUUAUUGUAUGAUAAGUCUUGUUGAGUUCUUUUGUUUGGGCACUUCA